AUGUCGGCCGCAAAGAUUGAGAAGAAGAAGGUCAUCAAAUUCGGUGUGGAGGAUCUCAACCUUAAGUCGGAUGAUCCAAAGUACAGUAAUGGAAUAAAUUGUGUCCUCAUGUAUUGGGCACGGGCAACCACACUCGAGACUCACGAACAAGAAGAAAUGAUCGAAUACCUGCGGAACCACGACUACUAUAUCGAGCCUUCUGCUAAAGUUGGUGUUGCUUCCCAUAAAUUAUACCGCGCGACCAUGCAAGCGUACGAUGCCUUUGGCCUUGAAGGAUUGUCGAGACCGGUUUAUCUCAUCUUGUCAUCGCUAUACUUUGAUUUACCGGAAAAAUACCUCCAACUGAUUCGAGAUCGUUUCGGUUCCGUCGAUAUCAUCAAUCAUUCGCAAGAGUAUUGGAAGGCGAUCAGCAAGUCAGCCGUAGCCACCAAUGCCGCGACGAUCCGAAAUAAGGACGAAGAAGAUGUCGCUUCUAGAACCGAAGAACAGGUAGCCGUCCUUGACCCGGUGCGCCAGGCAAAACAGAGUGUAGCUCUCGAGGAAGCCAAAUGCCCUCGAGCACUCUCUGACAAUCCGGCCGUUGAACCUAAACGUACACGACGAGCAACCGACAAAGGUGGUUUUGAUAUUGACCACGUAGUCGCUGGCAUCAAGUCGUCCCUCGCCAUCCAACGCUUCGUUGAUACUACCAAGCCCGCCUCGACAACAGCCGAAAAGCCGCGAAUGACGAGCUCCGACCUCCUCGAAAUGAAGGAGGAUGUGAAGAUUGCCAAAGACACUGCGAUGAGAAACGAGGCCAAGAUUGAUGCAGCCAGCACCAAACUCGACGGCUUCAUUUCCGAGAUGCGUCCGUUUAUGACUGCCUUCGCAAACACGGCAGAUAUUCCGCUGCCAAUUGAAAUCGUUGACGAGAGCGACAAUGACAACCACGAAUGA